CAGUGAGGUGCGCUCGCCCAGCGGCGGCGCGGAGGAUGGGGGGGGUGGCGGCGCGGGCGCUGUUCUACCCGACGCUGGGCUACACCGCCCUGCGCGCCGCCCUGCCCGCCGCCCGCCGGCCCUGGCUGCACCGCAUCGACCGCGCCGUGCUGCUCGGAGCCCUGCCGCUGCGGGGCCGCAGCCGGGCGCUGGUGGCUGAGGAGAAGGUCCGGGCCGUGCUGACGCUGAACGAGGAGUACGAGACCCGCUACCUGUGCUGCUCCGCCCAGGAAUGGCAGGCGCUGGGGGUGGAGCAGCUGCGGCUCAGCACCGUGGACCUGAGCGGGGCGCCCAGCCUGGAGCAGCUGCAGCGGGGCGUCGAGUUCCUGCUGAGGCACCGCGAGCAAGGUAACAGCGUCUAUGUGCACUGCAAGGCCGGGCGGUCCCGCAGCGCUACCAUGGUGGCAGCGUAUCUCAUCCAGCUGCAUCACUGGACGCCCCAGGAAGCAAUAGAGGCUAUUGCCAAGAUCCGUCCCCACAUCCUCAUUCGUCGUAAACAAGUCCAGGUCCUGGAGGCAUUUCACAGGAACAUGAUUGCUGGGACAACUGCAGAGGGUCAGUAAGAACUAUCAAAAUCUCAGUCUCGCCUCCUUUAAAGAAAACUUAUGCCUUAAUGAACUAACAAAGGCUUAGGUGCUGUACUUCUUGACCAUCAAUAAAGAAACUUUUACAUAAAUUACA